AAGGAUGCGAGGAAUAUACUCGUGUGAUUUGACGUCAUUUCUAAAUGACAACAUUUAACAAAUCUUGAAAACAUGGCACUACAAUCACAGGUGCUAUAUGAGAAGGAGGGAGUUUAUAUUCAAGUGAAUGUCAACUCAAAUACAUCAGACCGAGAUGCUCACAUUCCAGGCAAAGUGUAUCUCAUCAAAAAGUCAGAGGGAAUAUUUAUUGAGUGGAAAGCAGAGGAGGUGUUGAUGCUGGAGGGACAGAAUGCAGCUGACCAGGAGUGGGCGGUCAUUGGCUCCUCCCUCUCUGUAGGAUACAAACCCGACAAGGACUCAGAUGCAUUAAAUAUGAAGGCAGAAUUAAGGAAGAAGUACAAUGUCUGCUUUGACAUACUGGACUUAAAGAGUUUCAAAAGGAGUGCUCCGAACCAUGGAUGGGCUUAUAUUAUAUUCAUAUUGAAAGAUGGCACCACCUACCCAGCCCUGCACUUCCAUAAUGGAGGAAGCAAGGCGUUAUUGCAACAUUUUGGAAAAUUUAUCCAUAUUAAAAGGUCGCCCAAUGAUAAUCGCUUGUUUAUUGUCCAAGAACAUGAUCCGGAUAUGUUGUCCAAGUCUUUCGAUGAACUUCACCUGUUUGCGGAUUCCUCGGGGGAUUUAGUGUCGAAAUUCAUCAAAGACCCCUACACCACAACUCUGGGUGGAUUCUCCAAAGUGACCAACUUCCUGAGAGACACCAUGUUUCAGCAGGAACCAGUUGCUCAUCGACCCAAAGAGGAAGUGGCGGAAAUCCUGCACGCGGAGGAAAUACCGGGCAUGGAGAUCAGCCAGCAGGAGGCGGGGUUUGAGUUUGUCACCAAGACCAAGCUGCCUAGUAGACCACAGGUGACCAGAAGUAGCCCUUUGACCGCCCAGAAGUGGUCUAAACACAUGGACACAGAUGGAAGGAUAAAGAACAUAGAAAACCUCAAAGACGUCAUAUUUAGAGGGGGUAUAGAGCCCAGUAUUAGGAUAGAGGUGUGGAAAUUUCUGCUAGGUUACCAUGAUUGGCAGUCUACGUACAAAACCAGAACUGAUGAGAGAAAACGAAAAGUAGACGACUACUUCAGGAUGAAGUUACAAUGGAAGACCAUCACUGACAUACAGGAAAGAAGGUUUUCACUUCUGAGGGAGAGAAAAUGUCUUAUUGAGAAAGACGUGACGAGGACAGACCGGACCCACAAGUUCUUUGAGGGGGAGUGCAACCCUAACUUACAAGUGUUAAACGAUUGUCUGAUGACCUACUGCAUGUAUAACUUUGAUCUGGGUUAUGUCCAAGGGAUGAGUGACCUCUUGUCCCCAGUGCUGGUUGUCAUGGAAAAUGAAGUGGACGCAUUCUGGUGUUUUGCCGGCCUCAUGGAGCGAGUUUGUGAUAACUUCGAAAUGGACCAGGCCGGAAUGAAGAUCCAGUUGUCUCAGAUACAUAAACUGAUGCAGUUUGUGGAUCCAGAAUUAUGUAGCUAUCUCGAGAGUCAUGACUCAGGAAAUUUCUACUUCUGUUUUCGAUGGCUGCUGAUUUUGUUCAAGAGAGAAUUUUCCUUUAAUGACGUGAUGAGACUUUGGGAGGUAUUAUGGACUGACAGACCUUGUAAAAACUUCCACCUGUUAAUUUGUCUGGCAGUGCUAGACACAGAAAAGGCAACCCUGAUGGAAAACAAAUUUGGCUUCACAGAAAUACUCAAGCACAUCAAUGAUAUGACUGGUGCCAUUCAUCUAGAAGACACUCUCAAAAAAGCCGAGGGUAUAUAUCUUCAAAUGAAGGACAGUAAAAACUUGUCAAGUGCCGUAGCCGAGAUAAUAGGUCUGGACAUUGCAUCGCCAAGUGAUGAUGGCAGUGUGGCGUCGAGGGAAAAGUCACCGCAUUUAGACCUAAAUCUGAGAGAAAACGGACUCCACACACCGAAUUCCGGGUCAGGCACCACGGGAAAUACGCCCGAUGACAGUAGUAUUGAAAUUUUAACAGAAAAUGGAGAGAUGGGGGUGAAUAACUUUUACAACUGAUUGUCAUUUUGGGGGCUCUGACUCAAAGUUUAGCCACACAGAACUUUGAUAUGUGUGUGUGUGCCAGAUCUCGGGGGCGGACGUCCUUCUGACAUUGGCACAGAUGAAUGUACCGUGUUUAAAAUCAUAUGGAGGAAAUGUUGCCAGGGUCAACUGGGAUCAAUUAUUACAUGUGUGUGUUGAGCAGUAAAGACAUCCAAAAAUUUACUCCAGUUUGACGAUUGCCUGACCAUAUUUGUACAUGUGCAUUAUCGAUGUAAUUUGAUUAGUUUGUUGUUUAGCUGAAGUUACGCUGUAUAUGUGUCCCUGUGAAGGCACGCCGAUUGUGUUUUUUAUUGCUCCAAACACAGGUACACAUGCAUUGACGUUUUUAAAGCCUGCUGACGAUUUUAGUUAUUAGUACGUGUAAUUACUGUGUUUAUUUUACGACAUUCUUCAGUAUGGUAUAUGUUGGUGUGAAUCUUGUGAGAGGUACAAUGUAAAUAUAUUUUUAUAGCUUUGUUCAAUUUUUUUUUUUUUUUUCGGCAACCAAAACCUUGGAAUAUCAUCACCAGACAAUGAUAUACAAUAAACAAAUUAGUACAUGAACUAUUGAAAUUAAUAAGUGAAUGCUUAUCUUAUAGAACUGAUGUAAUCUUGUGUUUCAUUUGAUGGUAUUGUGUACACACACUUCAUUCACAUUCAUGAGAAAAUGGCUAUCAUUUCAAUACACAUAGCAACACAUUGUGCAGGUUACUUCCCUUGUCCACCAAUUGUGGUGAAAAAAUCUUAUUUCCCUCCGUUGGGCUUUGUAAUUUUCUGAUCUUUACUUUGACAUUUGUUAUCUUUCAUCAAAUGCAGUCAACUACAAUAAUGCACCAAAAUGGGGCAACCCAUUAACUUGUAUGAAAACUUGGUAAUUAGCUGAAAUUCAGUUAUAUUUGGUAGGGUAAAGAAGGAAAACUUGGUUUUUCACCGAUUGAUCUUUUGCUGAACCUCCAGAGGGAUGUAACUCGUGACAAAGUGUUGAUACAUAUACUGGUAAAGCUAUCAAAGAUAAAAGCAUUGGAAAUGUAAAUAUUAUGAUACAGAGACAAAAAUUUUUAUCCUCCUUGAAAUGCUGUAUAAACAAACAACUCUAUAUAUAUAUAUUUCAUUUUUCAAAUCAAGACCUCCGCAAAGCAAUAGUUUACUCAAAUGGGUGGGGUAGGAGUAUAUUCAGGUAUUUGGUUUUCUUUAUUUGCUCGGGGGUACUUUAUUUUCAGGUAUUUGGUUUUUCUUGAUAUAUUUUCAAUCAAUGUUAAUUUGUAUUUGGUGCAAGAAUUUGUUUUUCCCACGUGAUUGUUGGUGUUUAAUUGUGAAUCCUAAGUCAAUAUAGUUGCAAAUUUUUUACCAGGAUGUUGGCUAGUUUUGCCAUGCAUUUGUAAUUCUUUGGCCAAAGUAAAGACAUUUUGGGUUUUGUGGGGUAGAGGUCACCUUUCCCAAUAAUGUAUCUCUUGAACUCGUUAAUAUGUGUAAAACAUUAUAUAUUGUAUUGUUAUAUUCAUUUGUUUGUCAGUUUUAAGACCAGCAUUAAAUAAUCCAAUGUGUGUGUUUGUAAUGGUGUAAUUACAUGUAUUCACAGGUACAUGUCAUGUUGCAAGUACCUGCAGGGCUAGAUGAAAUGUGUUUGCUUUGGAAUCAUUGUAUUUGAUUUAUGUAGAUCCUAUCAGAAAAUAAUGGGAUUUGAUUUUAAACUCAUAAUUUACAUUUAUAUUCUUCCAUAUGAUUCAAAACUGUUUCUAUUGCGUGAAAUGCAAUGAAAAUAAUUUGAAUGCCCCCUGCAUCAGCCGCUGUUUUGUGUAUAAUCUAAUCAUGAUCAAAACCAUUCCAUGAUAUUAUACAACCAUUUCUAGGUUGUAAUUUAGAUGUUGUUCUGCUUUAAUUUUUAGAUAUAUCUUGCUUGAUAGCAUCUGAUUUGAUUUAAACAUAUUUUAUCGUCCAGAUGAUAUAGUAUUUCAUUUCUGUUGAAUUGGAUUUAAACGUUCAUUAAUGGUGGAAUCGGAGGAGAAGUUACGGGGGUCACAACCUGUUUCACCCUUUGGUUGAACAAUUUUUAACAAGAAAAGGUCAUUUUUGCGAUUAUGGGGUCUUCAACCACCCUCACUUCCCCCUCCCAUUUUGGCCGAAAAAAGUUACAAAGUUGGGUUUAAAAAUUUUUAAAAAACAGUGAUUUUUUUUCACACCUCACUAUUGAGCAGUAUUUUUAUAGAUACAUGUGUGUCAUGUGUCUAUAUACUUUGACUUUAUGUCCUUAAAGUUUAUGUCCUUAAAGUGUAGAAUUUUCACUAGAUAAACUCCAGAAUUUUCACAAGAUAAACUCCAGAAUUUUCACAAGAUAAACUCCAGAAUUUUCACUAAACUCCAGAAGCCCUUAACGAGUCUUUCAUUCUCACUCGUCAUGCCUCUUUUUUCACAUAAAGAAACCUUCACAUUUGAUUAUUUGACACAACACAAAACCUAGUAAGAGACACAAAAAUAUGCUUUAAAUUUUGGGAUAUUUUGCAUGUGCAGGUAUUCUUUGGAGAAAAAGAAUUCUCCGGAUAUUCUCAUUCAGUUUGUAUGGGAACUGUUAACAGAUUUUGCAUUGAUCUAGUCAGUUGAAGGUCAUAUUAAAAGUCAAUGGUUUUAGUGCAAUUUUGCAGAAUGACAAAUUUUUAAAGAAUUAUCUGAUGGAAUAUUUUGUAUUCACAUGGGUUUCUGAGAAUUACUAAGGCAUACAAGGGUCAAAGCAAACGUACUAUACAUGUAUUAUAAAAAAAAUUCUAAUCAAACUAAAUUUGUAAUGUUUCAUUUUCCAUUUCAUUUGAGGUUAGUUUUUGGUAGGUUUUACAUAAUAUUAGAUUAAUGUGACGGUAGGUUAGCAAUGUUUAAGUACGGAUUUGUAAAAAAUUGAAAUAAGCAAAAAAAUGUCAAACCCACCAGCUCUAAUGUUUUAACACAUGUAUACCUCUGUAAAUGAUUUAUUUUAUUAAUUAGUAUCUUUUGUUCCUGUUUAUUACAUCACAGAUUGUGUGUACAUACUUGUAUGAUUUAUGCUGAGAAUGUUAAAUACAGCACUGUCAGCUUGCCAAAAAUUUCUUGUGAAUUGUAAAUUUUAUUUUCUGAGGGGUGUGUCUGAUGAAUGCUGCUUGUAUUGUGCAUACGUUGAUGAAGAGCUUCUGUGUUAUUGGUAAAUCAGUUUCUCUCUGUGAUACAUUCUCUGAGUAUCUGUUAUUAAAUUAUUCUGACGACAAACUUGAUUGAAUAAAUUAUUAAAUAUGA